CGUGACCAAGAGCUGACGUGUGCAGAAGUCCUUCUUGUUCUGGUCGUUGUUCCCGUCUGAGUACCAGCUCCCCAUUGCCCUGAAGGCAAGCGGGCCUGCGGCAGAGGGAAGAAGGAGGAGGAGAAGGAAAUUGUCCCGGAUCCCUGCAGUUUUUCCGUAGGUUGCGGCACUACGCCAGGCUAGAGAAGAGGAAGGAAAUUAACCCCGAUCGGUGAAGGUCGAUUUGAGGGUCUGCUGUAGCAGGUGGCACCACUUGAAGCGAGAGAGGAAGUUUCCUCAGAUCAGUAGAGGUCCACCUCCAGAAUCAGCUAUUGUGGCCUUGAAGUGGCUUGAAGACGAUCAUCCUCCGCAGGCCUGCACCCAGGCCAGGCCCAUAGCCCUCCUCCCCCAGCCUGAGUGACUACUCUGUUCCUUGGUCCCUGAUACCGUCAGGGACGAUUGCAUGGGCUACGCCAGGAAAGUAGGCUGGGUGACUGCGGGACUGGUGAUUGGGGCUGGCGCCUGCUAUUGCCUUUAUAGACUGACCAGGGGAAGAAAACAGAACAAGGAGAAAAUGGCUGAGGGUGGGUCUGGGGACGUGGAUGAUGUUGGGGACUGUCCUGGGGCCAGGUACAAUGACUGGUCUGACGAUGAUGAUGACAGCAGUGAGAACAAAGGUAUAGUAUGGUACCCACCUUGGGCCCGGAUUGGGACUGAGGCUGGGACAAGAGCUAGGGCCAGGGCAAGGGCCAGGGCUACCCGUGCUCGUCGGGCUGUCCAGAAAAGGGCUUCCCCCAAUUCAGAUGAUACUAUUUUGUCCCCUCAAGAGCUGCAGAAAGUUCUUUGCUUGGUUGAGAUGUCUGAAAAGCCUUAUAUUCUUGAAGCAGCUUUAAUUGCUCUGGGUAACAAUGCCGCUUACGCAUUUAACAGAGAUAUUAUUCGUGAUCUGGGUGGUCUCCCAAUUGUUGCAAAGAUUCUCAACACUCGGGAUCCCAUAGUUAAGGAAAAGGCUUUAAUUGUCCUAAAUAAUUUGAGUGUGAAUGCUGAAAAUCAGCGCAGGCUUAAGAUAUACAUGAAUCAAGUGUGUGAUGACACAAUCACUUCUCGCCUGAACUCAUCUGUGCAGCUGGCGGGACUAAGACUGCUUACGAACAUGACUGUUACUAAUGAGUAUCAGCACAUGCUUACUAAUUCCAUUUCAGACUUUUUUCGUUUAUUUUCAGCGGGAAAUGAAGAAACCAAAUUUCAGGUUUUGAAACUCCUUUUGAAUUUGGCUGAAAAUCCAGCUAUGACUAGCGAACUGCUCAGGGCCCAAGUACCAUCUUCACUGGGUUCCUUCUUUAAUAAGAAGGAGAACAAAGAGGUGAUUCUUAAACUUCUGGUCAUAUUUGAGAACAUAAAUGACAAUUUUAAAUGGGAGGAAAAUGAACCUACUCAGAAUCAAUUCAGCGAAGGUUCACUUUUUUUCUUUUUAAAAGAAUUUCAAGUGUGUGCUGAUAAGAUUCUGGGGAUAGAAAGUCAUCAUGAUUUUUUGGUGAAAGUAAAAGUUGGAAAAUUCAUGGCCAAACUGGCUGAGCAUAUGUUCCCAAAGAGCCAGGAAUAACUUCUUGAUUUUGUAGUUUAGAAGCAACACACAUUGUAAACUAUUCCUUUUCUCCACCUUGUUUAUAUGGUAAAGGAAUCCUUUCAGCUGCCAAUUUUGAGUAAUGAAUAUCAUAUUGUAUUAUCAAUGCUGAUAUUUAUCUGAGUUGGUCUUCAGGUCUAAGCUGGAUGAAUGAAUAUCACUACCUGUUCUGAAAACAUGUUUGUUGCUUUUUAUCUCACUGCCUAGAUUGAAUUAUUUUUACUAUUUCUUCUGCGUGACAGUGAACCAAUUCGUCAUAAAUAAGCUGCCUCCUGUCAUUUGCAUUGACUUCAUUUGUGUAUCAUCAAUAAAGUUGUGUGUUAAUGCUUGAAAAAAAAGAAAAAAGAAAGAAAGAAA